CCACAGAAAAACCAAAAAGCAACAGCUGAUUGCAAAUUCUUUCUUCCACCUCCGCACCCACUCUAAGGCAGGGCUCCUGUUGCUUGCUCCAUGCUUGACUGGCCUUUUUAUCUUUCCCCCUCCACCAGUCAGAGAGGAGAGGACUGUACACAGGACCAUGGGGGGGAGGGGAGAGGAAGGGGAGGGGGCAUCUGUGUCUGAAGCUACCCAGAAGCCAUUAGACAGCUGAGACGGAUGCAUCUGGGUCCCCAGACUUAACAAGAGCAGCCCAGCCCUGCCACGCACACAAACACAUACACACACACAUCACACAGAGAACACUUUAUUCCUGCCUGCCUGGACUCCCACACAGAAGAGAGGCUCGGGAAAAAAAGCAAACCGCUUAUUUGCAACCCCCCAUUUUACCCCACCCCCAUCAUUCCUAGUAACCUGAGAGACUUCUUGGGCCUCCUUGGAUUUUCUUGGAGACUGGGGUUCUAUAAAGAUACCACCAUGGAGAUGGUGCUGACCUUUCUAUGCAGCCUGUUGGUUCCUCUGGUCCUAGCUAGUGCUUCUGAUCAGAAGAAAGAACAAGAUCCUUUUCAUUAUGAUUACCAGAGUCUGAGGAUUGGAGGCUUGGUGUUUGCUGUGGUCCUGUUUUCAGUUGGGAUCCUCCUUAUCCUGAGUCGGAGAUGCAAGUGCAGCUUCAAUCAGAAGCCCAGAGCUCCUGGAGAUGAAGAGGCUCAGGUGGAGAACCUGAUCACCUCCAAUGCUACAGAACCCCAGAAAGUGGAGAAUUGAGGUGUGCAGCAGUCAGGCAAGAAGCCACCAAUCCCUAAAGACCACUGCACAACCCCCUAGAUGCCAACAUUGAUGCUUGAAAUGCCUGGAAACCACAGCAACAAAACCUUUCCCAGGAAAAGCCAAGAAGUCACGUGUCCAUUCCUGUCCAUUCCUCCAAAACUGGUCCAUGACUUUGCCAGACAAACUAAUGCUCGUGCCCCUCUUAGCCUAUUGUACUGUCUGACUUGUGUGAUGUGUAUGUGUGUGGUUGAUCAACAUGGUCUUUGUGGUUCGAUGUUUGUGGGUGAUAUUGUGUCCCUAGUAAAACUUGGAUUAACUUUCCCCAAGGUCAGGAGCUGGGUCAUCCAUCAAUCCAUCCAUCACCAUGGUCUCUUCUUCCUAUCUGCACUUCUCCCCUCCCACUCUGAGAAGGGAACAAAUAGUUCUUUCUCUUGAUUGGCAUGGAUAAAGAAGGACAGGGCAUACAUUUCUGACUAUUUGAAGUCUCCCAGAGGAUGACAGGGUAGUGAUAUAUGCAGUGUUCUUAUUCUAAGGCCUUUCACCUCUCAUGCUUCCUCCCCACCUGUAACAGCUCAGUAUUCUGCCCUUCAGCCUGUACUGAAGAUGCCCAAGGCAGCUCCAAGCUACAACUCUUGUCUCUGGGGGAGAAGAGUCCCACUUUCCCCUUUCUCAGAAUCAUAGGUACUGAGAUGGCCAACCCCGCAGCUAGUGCAGUAAUCCCCACUACAACAGUCCUGACAUAUGGUCUAUUAUCUAACCCCUGCAUGAGCACCUCAAGCGAUGGGAAGCUGCCAACUGGUCAAGGCAGGCUGUGCCAUCGUUUGAUUGCUUUAAUUGUUAGAAAGCUUUCCUUUAUAUUUUGAAUUAAAAGCAGCUUGCCUCAAUUCCAUAGUAGGUCUUAUCAAAGUUAGUUGGCCAUCUUAAAGCUUGCUAGAAACUCCUGUCAUGGUCCUAAAUUUGUAAAGGCCAAGGCUGGGAAAAGCUGGUGUCACGGCGACAUUUAGACGAAGCCUCUGUCUUUCCUCCCUGACCCCUCCUUCUCUACCCCCCCCCCCCAAUCCAAAAAGAAAGUGGUAGUCCCUUGUCUUGAUUUCCAGUAUCUCAGCAAUAACCCUGGCAUCUCUGAAGCCUGACACUAUUCCCAAAUCCAAAUCUUGGUCUUAGACCUCAAAUUCCUUCUCCUGAUGUCAGCUGAACUCCUAACUUCUUUACUUUGUUUGGUGUGAAACAAGGGUUGUGGCAGGAAUUGAUCAUUGUGGUUUAAUGGGGGUAUUUGGUCUCAACCUGUAGAGGCUGUCUGUCCCUCUCGUCAUUUUCUCCAUUGUGAGUGAGGAGCACUAGAGUUGGGGGAAGAGAAUGCAUGGGGGGGGGUCAGGGAAGAUGGAGAGAGAGCGAGGGCAGUAGUGAGGGAGAGAGGGAGGGAGGGAGAGGAGAGGAGAGGAGAGGAGAGGAGAGGAGAGAGUCAAUCCCACCAAUUACCCUGACUUUAAUUAAGGUAUCUCCCUAUGCCUUUUUCUCAGUGUCAGCCCUUCUGUAUUUGAUGUGCACACUGUCUCCUAUACUCAGAAUGGUGGUGGUCAUGGUAGCUUAGGUGGAGAUUGCAUGAGGUGGCUGUUUAUUUUGUCCUCCCCCAAAUCUAGUACUUGUUGUCCAAAUGUGUGUCAUAAAUGGUAAGACCUUGAGUGUUGUAAUGUGAAUGGAAAAAAAGCCACAAUCUGCCUCCCCACCACCCUUGUGUUCUUGUAGAAAUUGAGCAAAUUGUACUGCUGUAAUCAAAAACUGUCUUAUUCUGUAUCGUGAUCUAGAUUCUCCUGAAGAAAAAAAAUAAAAUAUUGUUUCUAUCCUA